UAUGAACGUCGGUACACAUGUUAAUGAUGAUUGCGUAACAGAAUUCAAUAAACUCAAAUUGGGAAAAUAAUAUAGAUAUUUGACCUUUAAAUUAAACACUGAUACAAAUUAAGUGAUUAUUACAAUUUUAAUAUUAGAUUGUUGUUGAUUAAAUUGGAGCAAGAGAUAGCACCUAUGCUGAAUUUGUUAGUCAUCUUUAAAAUGAAGUAUAUAUUAUUUACUAUUUAUUUUUAGUCACGAUAUGCAGUUUACGAUUAUCAAGCAUAAACUGAUGACGUUCCACCAAGAUAAGUUGAAAAAUUAGUAUUCAUAUUUUGGUCUCCAGAUGCUAAUUAGCCUGUUAAAUAAAAGAUGUCAUAUGCUGCAGGAAAAGAAGCAUUAAAGAAGAAAUUGAAUGGUUUAUCAAAAGAAAUCUAAGCUAAUGAUCCAUCUGAAGUUGAAGAAGCAGAAAUGCGUAAAUUGGUAUUGAAUUGAA